GUGGGCGAGCGCGCGCUGUCGAGCUACGUGUCGGUGCACUCGGAGAGCGGCAAAGUGUACGUGCUGCAGCCGCUGGACCACGAGGAGCUGGAGCUGCUGCAGUUCCAGGUGAGCGCGCGCGACGCGGGUGUGCCGCCUCUGGGCAGCAAUGUGACGCUGCAGGUGUUCGUGCUGGACGAGAACGACAACGCGCCGGCCCUGCUGUCGCCUCGAGUGGGUGGCACCGGCGGUGCAGUGAGCGAGCUGGUGCCGUGGUCGGUGGGUGCGGGCCAAGUGGUGGCGAAGGUGCGCGCAGUGGACGCCGACUCGGGCUACAACGCGUGGCUUUCGUAUGAGCUGCAGCCAGCGCCUGGCAGUGCGCGCAUCCCGUUCCGCGUGGGGCUGUACACAGGCGAGAUCAGCACAACACGCUCUCUGGAUGAGACCGAAGCACCGCGCCACCGCCUUCUGGUGCUGGUGAAGGACCAUGGAGAGCCCGCGCUGACAGCCACAGCCACAGUGCUGGUGUCGCUGGUGGAAAGUGGCCAGGCGCCGAAGGCCUCAUCGCGGGCGUCGGCGGGCGCUGUGGGUCCCGAGGCUGCCCUGGUGGAUGUCAACGUGUACCUGAUCAUCGCCAUCUGUGCGGUGUCCAGCCUGUUGGUGCUCACGCUGCUGCUGUACACCGCGCUGCGGUGCUCGGCGCCGCCCACCCAGGUCGUGUGCACGCGGGGCAAUCCCACUCUGGUGUGCUCCAGCGCAGUGGGGAGCUGGUCCUGCUCACAGCAGAGGAGGGAGAGGUGUGCUCUGGAGAAGCCCCACCCAAGACGGACCUCAUGGCUUUCAGUCCAAGCCUUCCUCAGGGUCCCACCUCUGCAGACAACGUGAGUUUUCUGAUAGUAACAUCCAACUUUCCCUCCCAAUUUUUAAAUAUUAAGUGUCACAUUCACCCAGUUUUUUUUAAAAUUACGCCCUAGUACAUAAAUAUUGUAGUACACAAUUAUUGCACUAAUUCAUGUACUAUGUGCUUUUUAUGAUGUUUUUCUGUUAGGGUAAUAGGUUCAUCAACUUUGUAUGAUAUUAAGUAUUUUUAAAAUUAUAUUUUAUAUUAGCAUUUGAAUUUCGCAUCUCUAAAAAUGUAGGAUAAUAAUUGUAAGACAUAGUUUGGAGUCAUUCUCAAAGUCUUAGUUUAUGACUCCAUGAAAAUUUAUUUUAUUUUAUUAUUAUUUUUUAAAGACCCUUUAUUGCUCAGUCUGCAGUGGCCUGCUCAUAGCUCACUGAAGCCUGAAACUCGUGGACUCAAGUGAUCCUCCCAUCUCAGCCGCCCAAGUAGCUGGACUA